CAUCGAGUCAUUCGAGUGAUGAUGAGGUUCGUUAUUUCAAACAAAUUUCAAACUGCAUUGAAUCAUUAGUGUAAGCUAAUGAUGUAUGAGUAAUUACUCCUCGAGCAAGAUAGUGAAUUAUUUCAGUCAUCAUUCAUGCUGGCUCAGAGUGAAAACGUGUUUGCAUUUCCUGUACCACGUAGUGCUUUUUGUCCCUCUCGGCCAUUCAUAGACCGGAAGAACAUGGAAGCCUCCAUGAAGCUUACCCGUCCUAUGUAACUAAAUAUUAAUUAUUCUUCGCUCAGGAGGAUAAGUGAGAUUUUUGGCAGUGGUAAUUUUACACCAAUGAGGACUUAUUUAUGAAUGAAUACGUUGAUUUGAGGUAAUAAAUUACUUAAAAUAUUACACAGUGUCCCUUUAAGGAGUACGGUUUUAAAGUGUAGCAAUGCUAACUGACAGAGCAAUUGGCCCUUUAUGUUCCGUACAGAAAUAAAUAAGCCAUGUGUAAUAAUUAGACGGCGGGUCGUGCAUGAACACAAAGCCAGACGAUGACCACUGCGCCUGUCGCCAUGGCUACUCGGGCAAGAACUGCGAGAUCGUGGAGAACGCCUGCAUGUCCCACCCCUGUGCUAGAGGAGGAGCGUGCCACGAGGUUCCGUCUGGUUUCCAGUGCCACCGUCCUGCCGGCUGGUCCGGCACCACCUGUGCUAUUGACACGGACGAGUGUGAGUCCAGUCCGCGUGCGCACAGUGGGACCUGCAUGGACCUGGAGAACGACUUUGAGUGCAUCUGUUCUCCACCCUGGAGCGGGAAGACCUGCCAGAUCGAUGUUAAUGAAGUGUGCUGGCCAGCCCUGUCUCAAUGCUUACUCUUGCAAAGAUCUGAUUGGUGGAUAUCAAUGCACCUGCUUCACUGGAUGGGCGGGGCUGAACUGUGACAUCAACGUUCACAGCUGCCAGGGACAGUGCCAGAAUGGAGGAAG